AUGACCUCGGAAAUCGUGCUCUGGCGCGUCUCGGAGGAGUUUGCGUCGCCAGUUAUGGUCGUUGAUCCGAAGGACUCGAACCAGUUGGAGAACCGGCUCAAACAGACGCGACGCAAGCGGGUGCUCGUGCUUCUGUUCGGCGUCGUUGUCGUCGUCGGAGCUGCGAUCGCAAUCGUGCUGUCGUCGUCGAGUCCUGUCGAAGCAAACCAGAAAGCAAGUUUUACGCCAUGGCCGUCGACAACUGCGACGAACGAAACCUCGGUGCUAGCGCCGAUCGUUACCGAUGCGCCGACGCCCGUACCGACCUCGGCAAGGACGCCCGAGCCAACCACACCAACGCUUGCGCCUACCAACACAACACUCUUGCCGUCACCAACAGAAUCGGUUACGAUCACGUCAGAGCCGACAUCAGUCGCCACGCCUUUGCCACUUCCGGCACCGACACCGGCACCAACGCCCGCACCGACCGAGGCGCCAGUCGCGUCGUCCAACAAGGCAAGCUUGCGCUUCCACGUCGCGUGCGUCGAAACGUCCCAGUGGCUCUCGAGAAGCGUGACGUGGGACGUCUACGGCCACCAAUAUCAGUCGUCGACCUUCCGUGUCGGCUGGAGUCCAGAGGCAACACUGUUCGAGUCGAGUCGCGGCGGUGGCAAGGUGUGGUAUGACAUUAGCGCGAUACCACCCGGGUGUGGCAAUGGCAUGAGCUGGGAAGCGUGCAGCAAGGGUGGUAGUGUCAAAGGCUAUAACGUUGCGAUCGGUGUCGCGCCGCAGCGCCUCGCCCCGGACGACGGGUACAACUGCCCUCCACUGCUUUGCGUAACCGAGCGGUGCGCGGACGCCUACCUUUUCCCACAGGACGAUUACCACACCAAGAGUUGUCACCAAGACGAAGCGCUCGUCGUCACUUUUUGUGCAUCGUCGUGA